AUGGAUACUCUUCUAACCGCUGAGAUUGCGGCAAAUGCUCCUCGCUACCGCCGCAAGAGUUCAACUUUUAUUGAUGCUAUCCACGAUAUUCCUCAUGGCCAAGACUUGGCCCCGGCUCAGCUGUACAGCACCAUGUCAGGCCGUCUAUUUCACUCUGGCCGUAUUGCCAUUGUUAUGGUUGGGCCGCCCGCACGUGGAAAAACACAUAUUUGUGUCUCUAUGGCUCGGUAUCUGGGAUGGCUUGGUGUUAAGUCUCGCAUCUUUCAUCUCGGUGACUAUCGUCGAGCAACUGUUGGUCCCGAUGGAUCGAUCCCUGAUGACUACUUCUUUCCCAAUGCAUCGCCUGCCUCAGUCAUUCUGCGCCAGAAAAUCUUGAAGAAGUGCCGUGAGGAUAUCUACUCUUGGUUGAACCACGACAAUGGACAAGUGGCCAUCUACGACGCAGUCAAUCCUACUGCAAAUGGACGGCGCUCUCUUGCUAAGGAAUUCGCUAAGCACGAUGUUCAAACCCUCUUCAUCGAAUCAUUUGUCGACGAUGAACGCAUCCUUAGAGAAAAUGCAAGAAACGUCAAAAUCUCGUCCCCAGACUUCGCUGGUAUGGAGCCUGACGAAGCCGCCAAACUAUACCUUCAAAGGAUCGAGAUGAAGAUUCCCGUGUUUGAAACCAUGAACGAAAAGGAACUCAACUACAUCAAAAUGAUCAACGCAGGAACCAAAUUCUUCUACAACAAUGUCAGCUUUAACUACCUCGCACAUCGAAUUGUCUUCUACCUCACCAACCUGCACAUCAAAUCGCGAAAGACUUUCUUUGCCCGAGCUGGCACUACAGCAGAGGAGGACUCGUACAAGGCCGAUGCUCCCUUGUCUCUUGAAGGGAGAGACUAUGCUCAGAAAAUGUCUGAGGCACUCUUGAAGCAUCGUGAGCAAGAACGUCUAACGACCAUUGCGGAAGGAGGAGCAGAUGUACCUCUACCACCACUUACUGUCUGGACAUCGACUCGUAUGCGUACUGUACAGACUUCUGACGUCCUAAACGAGAAGGGCUACAAGGUCCGCCAACGAUCACAACUCAGUCAGAUAAACCCGGGCGUGUGUGAGAAGAUGUCAGAACGCAUGAUUCGCCAGAUCUACCCGGACGAGGUUGAGAAGCAUGAGCUGGACCCUUACCAUCACCGAUAUCCCCGUGCAGAGUCAUACCACGACCUUGCUGUUCGGCUAGAGCCCAUCAUUCUCGAGUUGGAGCGAGAACAGACAGAUCUUCUCAUCAUUGCUCACGAAUCUGUGCUGCGUGUUCUCUACGCCUACUUGAUGCACUGCUCUACUACUGACAUUCCAGUGAUCAAUUUCCCGCGUGAUGAAAUUAUGGAGAUCAUCCCAGCGGCAUAUCAAAACGAGGCCAAGCGCAUCCACAUCCCUGGACUUGAUCCUCAGAUUGUACCGGGCUCUCCGCAGGACAUCAAGAUUCCUGUUCCAAGCAGUGGAAUUGUGAGCGCACAAUUAUCCCCGAUUCCUAGUGGUAUCGGCACCCCAGCGGAGAAUGUCGAGCGACCACCUGAGAAAGUCAUCAACACAGCUAAGGAUAUGGUGGCAGACAAGGUGAACGACGAAGAUUAG